AUGAGUUUUCUUUCUUUGUUAAUCUCCCUUUCAAAAGAAGAAUACCAGCCUGGUAUAUUUGCAAAAACAUUCAAUGAUAAACUUGUUGUUAUUGAUACCAGUGGAUCAUCCAAACAACAGAUAAAUGGAACGAUGCAGAUGACUUUACCGGAAUACUCUAUUUACCCAUGGGAUAAAAAAUAUGAUUGGUGCUCUAACUGCCCACAUACAUAUAAAGAGCACCCUUACAUCACAUAUUCCUUGAAAUCAAGAAAAUUCAAAAUUAAUAGUUACUUCAUCCGUUGCGGAUGUUGCUAUACUGGAUGCUGCUGCGAUGAUGGUUAUUAUGGCUGCUUUGAUUGCUGCUUAUAUUCAUGA